UUCUUUCUCUCUCAUUUCCCCUGUUCUUCAACCCUCAUCAAUUCUACUGUAACUAACAAAAUUCUGGGUAGAUCUUUAAGAAUUUAGUGAAAUUUGUUGCGUUCUCUUUUGGCGAGUUCGUGGGUGUUCGUUUGGUGAAUUCGCGACAAAAAGGGGGCAACUUGGAGGCGAUUUAGAGCUUCGGGUGCAGUGGACGAACAAGGGCCCUUUUCCUAGUUGGAUUAUCUACUUCAAGGAUGACUGCAAUGUGGUUGUUAUUGCAUCAUGGAUCACAUAGCUUUGAUGUGAGAGUUACAGACAUGGAAAAGUAUCGUCUUUUGAGGUUGUUUUUGGAUAUUUUUGAGGAAUCUGUUAGGCAGGAUGUGUUUUUACCUAGUACAUUUGCCCUGUUUAUUGAGUCUCCCUGUGGUAGAGUUGAGUUGGUAGAUGAUAAGACAAUGAAGCUAAUGUGGGGAUGGAAUUGGGGUAAGGACACUGCUGAAAUAUGGGUUGAGGGUACAGACAAACCAGGAGUGGUGUUUAGAAAUGCUGUUGCCACAAUUGAGCAUCAUAGGAAGGAGAGUGAGAGAAAGCUCAAAGAGAGACAAGAUGAACUUCUUAAGGCUCAAAGAAAGGAGGAAGAGGAAAUGAGGAAAAAACAGGAGAGAGAGGACAUUUUAAGGGAACUUCAGGAACAAAUGGAGUACACAGUAGCUGUGGAGGUGCCUGUGGUUGAUUGUGAGGACUUAAGCACUGAGUAUGUGAGGAUUAUAAGCAAGGAUGGUGCUGAUGAGGUGUUUCCAGGAGCCUCUCAACCACAACCCACACAAGAAUCUUCACCCUCCAAAAAUCCUACUUCUCCUAAACCUGGCAAAAUACGGGGAUGA